ACUGACGUCUAGUCUACUUUCAGCGAAUCAAAAUGCAGGAAACAGCAGGUUGAAAGCUGCCAACGUUGUUAAAGUUCCAGCGCUAUUUCGCGUCACUGGUCCCUGUUCGCCGUGUUUUCGCAGCGAGCCGUGCUGAACCUCAACAAGUGUGGAGUUCGACGUCCCCCAUUGGAUGCACGAGCUCGUACGUCUGUGCGUUUAUGCAAAUCGCGCGCAGCCGAAUAUGGACACGGAGGACUCCAGUAUGGUGGAGGAAGGAGGCGAACAUGGAGGACCGUGAGAGCGCUGCUGCCGCCACUCUCGCCAGUGGGGACUGACUCGGGCUCGUGGAUGUGCCUCCAGCGCGGACAUUUUCUCUACCGGAAACUUUACCGUGUGUGUGCGAGUUCCUAGCGUCGAGAGCAAGUUGGCGCUAAUGCUGUGAGGAGCGGGUUUUCCGGGGGACGAGACGGAGGGCAGUGGGCUCGAGCCCUCUCACCAUCCCGUCGCUAUGCCGUGGAUGAGCUGCGGAAAGCGGAGGGAGAGCUCGGAGCUGCCGCUGCCCGCCGGAUGGGAGGAAGCCCGCGACUACGAUGGACGAGUCUUCUUCAUCGACCACAACACCCGGCAAACUUCAUGGAUCGACCCCAGAGAUAGAAUCACCAAGCCACUGACCUUUGCCGACUGUGUUGGAGAUGAACUGCCUCUUGGGUGGGAGGAGGUUUAUGACCAGCAAGUGGGAGUUUAUUAUAUUGACCACAUCAACAAAACCACCCAGAUCGAGAACCCUCGGACUCAAUGGCGGCAGGAGCAGGAACGCAUGCUAAAGGAGUACCUGGUGGUGGCCCAGGAGGCCCUCAAAGCCAAGAAGGAGAUGUACAUGAUCAAGCAGCAGCGACUGGAGCUGGCUCAGCAGGAAAUGCUGCUCUUUCACGAGCUCUCCGAGGACAACCGCUCCAUCACAAGUGCGCUCUCCAACUCGUCCUCAAACGUGAAAUAUGACCCAGACCAAAUCAAAGUGGAAGUGGCUUGUAGAAGAGAGCGGCUCUCCAGACUGAAGCAGGAGCUGGCCCAGGUGAAGCAGGAGCUGCAGUAUAAGGAAAUGGGAGUGGAGACCCUUCAAGAGAUUGACAGGAAGAUGUCCAGCAGUCAGACCAACUACAAACUGGACGAGGCUCAGGCCAUCUUCAAUGAGCUGCGCAGCAUCAAGAAGGCCAUCAGCACAGGCGAGAAGGAGAGGCAGGACCUCAUCCAGAGUCUGGCCAAACUCACGGUGAACUUCCAAAGUGGCUUGUCAAUGAAUGACUCGACUGGCGAGACAGCGAACACCACCAGCACGACGCUGGACCCUGGAACUCUGCAGCAGUACUGUGACACCGGCUGUCAGACGGACAUCAUGGGAGAGUUUGGUUCCCAAGAUUCCUCCCACUUGGUGGACCGAGUCAAACUCAACUGGCAGUACGAGGAAGCCAAGAAAAAGGUGCAGAACAUCCAGCACCAGCUUGCACAGCUGGACACAGAAAGCUGGUCAGGACGGGCGGAGGCCGACCGGGACCGCGACUUCUUGCAGCUGCUGCGAGAGAAGGAAGCCCUGCUGCAGGAGCUCAUCCUGGUCAGCAAGCAGCAGCACACGCCGCAGACGCUGCUGCAGCUGGAGGAGGAGCGGAACCGACUGGAAGAAGAGGUGCAGCGGGCUUACAGCUCCCAGAGCCAAGGGGCCAAUCAGAGGAUCCUGCAGCAGGAGAAGAGGAACGCGUUGCUCCGGCAGCUGGAAGAGGCGACUCGGAUCACGACUUACCUUCACUCGCAGCUGAAGAGCUUGUCGGCCAGCUCCCUGACCGUGUCGUCCAGCAGCAGCCGCGGCUCGCUGGCCUCCAGCCGUGGCUCGCUGGCGUCGAGCCGCGGUUCUCUCAGCUCCAUCAGCUUCAGCGACAUUUAUGGUGUGCCACAAUACGAGCGCCACGAAACCCCUGGGGAGCCUCUGGACCCUCACCUGCGCUACCUGCUGUCUCAGGAGACCAUGUCCAGGGAUGGCCCUGUCUUCAGCCCCGACCCUCUGGUCCAGAGCAAAACCAAACGCUCUCACGACACGCCGCAGUCUCUCGCCUCACUCUCCUCGCGCUCCUCGCUCUCCUCGCUGUCGCCACCCAGCUCUCCCAUGGACACCCCCUACCACUCGGCUCCGCAGGACUGCCCCCUCACCCAGAUGACCGAGGAGUACAUGGAGCAGGCGAGCCGGGGGCUGCUGGAGGGGCUGCGAGCCCAGUCCCAGCCGCUGCCUCACAGUGCCUUGGUGGUCAGCGAGGAAACGGUGGGCCCCUCGGCCCAGAGUCACAGAGAGGGGGGAGCUCAGGCAGGCUUUACCUCCACAGGAGUCACUCUGAGGGGCAACAGUGGCAACAGGAGGGCCAGGAGGGUCUCAGCCGGGGUCUCUGAAGAUGCGCUGGCCACUGAUAGCGGCGUGUUUGAAGCGUGGGGCAGGAGGACGGAGGAGUCGGAGGAGAUGUCCUUCAUGAAGGAGCUGAUCUCUACUAGUGAGCCCCCACAGAUUCAACUGGGACUCCUAUGGGAGUCCAGCUCUCAGUCACUGCGACUUCAUCUCCUCCAGCUCAAGAAUCUCAACAAGUCCGUCGUCAGAGACGGAUAUAAAGUGUAUGUGAAGGUCCAUCUGAUUCCACUGGAUGCCAGCAGAGCGUGUGCCUUUUAUUGCUGCACCGCCCUGGACCCGCAGACACACAUGACUUUCAAUGAAGGUUUCCGUGUCCCGGUGCCUGCCAACGCUCUGGCGCUGUGCGCCCUCCAGCUGUCCGUCUGCUCUCUGGGACCUCAAGCUCAGGAGGAGCUGCUGGGUCGGGCUCAGGUGGGCCUGGCCGACUGUGAAGGAAGUGUUGAGAUGGUGUACCACUGGCUGAGGGUCCAGAUGUUGAGCGGGCCGGAGCUGCAGCGCCCGGAACAGAAGGGCGGUUCUCACAGACGCCAUCAUGACGGGCCCGAGGAGGAGCUGAGACUCCGGGUUUCGGACAGCGUGUGCGCUCGAGCCGCCACUCAGCUGGAGGAGCGUGAGCUGGAGGGGAAGAAGAACGAGCCGGUGGAGAUGAUGUCGGAGAGGAGCUGGCAGGCGGAGUCUGUGGACAGUGGCUGCAGCAACAGCACCGCGUGCACUCCAGAGGGACAGUGUGCUGAGGGCGUCAGUGCGGCCACACGGGGGCGCUGUGAUCAGACACCUGUCAAAGUCCAGAUGGUGAAGGUGGAGAAGGCCACCAUGACGGAGGGGCUGUUUCCUGAGCCGGUGAGAGUCCGACCCAAAGAGCGGGGCAGCCGAUGGGGUCACGGCUCUCCCUUCAUGCGCGGCAGCACUAUUGUCAGGUCUCAGACCUUCUCCCCAGGCGCUCGCAGCCAGUACGUCUGCAGGCUGUAUCGCAGCGACAGCGACAGCUCCACUUUACCAAAGAAAUCCCCGUUUGUCCGGAACACGCUGGAGAGACGGACGCUGCGCUUCAAGCAGCAGUCGUACCGCUCCUCCCUGGCCGAGCAGCCGACCCGCACCUCCCUGGACCUGGAGCUGGAUCUCCAGGCCUGCCGGACGCGUCAGCGGCAGCUGAUGGAGGAGCUGAGCGCCCUGAGGGAGCUGAAGCUGCGGCUGGAGGAGCCUCAGAGCGGCGAGGCCAGUGAGCUCCCGCACUGGGCCCUGAGAGAUGAGCGCUUCCGCCGCCUGCUGCGGGAGGCCCAGAGACAGGCAAGCCAGAGCAAGCAGGAGCAGCACCAGGAGGAGGCAGCAGAGAGGAGGCUGAGGAAGGCGUCCAAGGAGGUGCUGCAGAUGAGAGGCCAGAGCCAGAAGGAGCCGCUGCCAGUGCAGACGUUCAGAGAGAAGAUGGCUUUCUUCACCAGACCAAGGUUCAACAUCCACCCGCUGCCCGCUGACGACGUCUGAGCGCUCCCGUCUCAUUCCUGUGACGCAAGAUGAAGUAUUUGUCAAGGACUCAUGAAGGACGAGGAAGAUGGCGUCGGCAAGAUGCUUUCACUUUUUUUUCCGUGGCUGCGCCGGCUCCAUCUGCAGUGCUCGCCGGCGGCCGGAAGUCGGGAACAAAAGUCAGUUUGAACAAAGUCACUGUACUGUAACUUAUUUUAUAGUACUUUUCCUUGAAGGAAAUUAAAAAUGGCUUCCUGCUUUUCAAGUGUACUUUGUAGCUUUGAGCAAAUAGCACUUCAGUGUUUUUACAUCCCGUAACAUGGAGCUUGUUUCCUUAAUUCUUAAAGUUUAUUUACAUCCAAGGUCACUUUGUAACCCACUUUUAUUACAGAUGUCCUUUUGUUGCUAUGUUAUUAAAAUUAAUUUUAUUUUAUGUACUUUUCAAUAUAUGAAAACACUGUAUUCAGAUUUUUUUUAUGGCAUCUGUAUCUGCAGUGUUACCUCUUGUGAAAAUAAAAGCAUUAAAUCACAGAACUUGAAGUGACUGAACGGUGAGGA